GGAAAAUCUUGGCUUGACUUAGUUGCCGACCCGACCCGUUGCCACAUUCGCACCUGAGCCCUCGUCCAAGACAGAAAUGCAGUCCCACACGCUCCUCCUGAUCGCAGCCUUCGCCGUGUUAGCCGUUUGCCAGGUCAGUGCCCAGUGGUUGCCCUUGCUGAUGGAACCGACACCUUAUCCUCAAAUUACUUUGCAGGCGGCCAAGUUCCAGGUGAAGACUCCCGCCGAUGCCGAGAAGGCUCUCGAAGAGUGCCGCGAAGACUUCUACGUGCCGGACGAUAUCUACGAGAAGUUCGUCAAGUUCGAGUUCCCCGCCCACCGUCGCACUAACUGCUUCGUAAAGUGUUUCGUGGAGAAGCUGGGCCUGUUCACAGAAAGCAAGGGCUACAAUGAGAACGCUAUGAUCACCCAGUUCACCUCCAAGGGCCACAAGGACCUCGAAUCGGUCCGCCACGGCCUGGAGAAGUGCAUCGACCACAACGAAGCCGAGUCCGACACCUGCACCUGGGCCAACCGCGUCUUCUCCUGCUGGCUGCCCAUCAACCGCCAUGUGGUGCGCAAGGUUCUAGCCGACCUGGCGGCCGACGCCCAGAUGCUGGAGAAGUGCCUCCGGGAACUGAGUACCCCAGAGCGGAUUGCCGGAGACCUGCAGAAGCUGGAGCACUAUACAUCGUGGACGCGGGAGGAGCUGCCAUGUUUGAUGCGGUGUCUGGCCAGCGAAAAAGGCUGGUUCGACAUCACCAACAAUCGCUGGAAGGGCCAGAAACUGACCGACGACCUGGGCGCGGAUGUUUACAACUACUGCCGUUUUGAAUUGCGCCGAAAGUCCACCAACGGAUGCGAUUUCGCGUACAGGGGUCUGCGGUGCCUCAAGCAGGCCGAGCUGCAUGCCGGCACCAGUUUGGGCACCUUGCUGCAGUGCUCCCGCCAACUGAAUGCCACCAAUGUGCAGCUAAUGGAGUACAGCAAACUGAAUCCAAAGGAGCCAAUUCCGUGUCUAUUUCAGUGCUUUUCGGAUGCCAUGGGCUUCUACGACUUGGAUGGCAACUGGCGGCUCUCCAACUGGCAACAGGCCUUUGGACCUAGUCACGACGAGAGUAAAUCCCAGUCGGAUCUGGACUACAGUGAGUGCCGGCUAAGCGAUAAAGAUCGCAAAGAGGCGUCCGACAAGUGCGUCUGGAUGUAUCAGGAAUACAGGUGCUGGGAGCGCCUCAACGGAAAUUAUUUGGCUAAGGAGAGCAAAGAAACUACUUAAUAUUAUUUACGAAUCUUUUAUACUCAUAUCAGAAAUGGAGAAUCAUACAAAUGGAUAUUUAGUUCGCAUAUUUUGUAAAUAUAAGAAAGCUUGAACGGCUUAAA